AUGGCCACACCAGGAACCCAGUACCUAAUGCAAGCCGGUUUAGCAGCCGGCAUGGCAGGCUCACAGGAGAUGCACACUGCGUCUCUUCAACCGGUAAAUCGCAAGCUCAGCGACCCGGUGAACAUGCUCCCAGACGAUCUGGUCCCUAACUCUCAAAGUCGAAUCGCUCUGCGUGGCGUGGAUGGCAAAGAUGUACUCGUCCCCUAUCUUAGCAUUGGGACAUGGUCUUGGGGCGACAAAGCAACCUUCAAAUACAACCCAACACACGAUCUACCGCGUAUCCAUGCAGCAUGGACGAAGCUCAAAGCCGUCGGCCUUACAUUCGUCGAUACUGCACAGUCCUACGGCGAUGGUGAGAGCGAGCUCAUCUGCGGAACCCUCUUGGAUGGUAUGCCUCGUGAUUUGUUUGUCGUCCAGACCAAAUGGCUUUCAACCCCAGAUAUGACCAAUACGCUCUUACAGGCCGGCGGACCUAAGUCCAAACUGCGAGACUCCCUCGCUCGACUCCGACUUGACUACGUCGAUAUAUACCUCGUUCACGGUCCUAUCCAUCCCAGUAAGAUCUCCACGGUGGCUAAGGGUAUGGCCGAAUGUGUGGAAUCAGGAAUGGCACGUGCUGUGGGUGUGGCCAAUUAUAAUACCAACGAGAUGAUCAAGAUGGCGGACGAAUUGGUGAAACACGGUAUCCCACUGUCUGUCUCUCAAUGCGAAUACUCGGUGAUUCGCAGGCUGCCCGAAGUCAGCGGCAUGAUCCGGGAAUGCAGAAAGCGUAGCAUUUGCUUCCAAGGAUUUGCCUCCCUUGCUGAGGGCCGGUUAUCUGGUAAAUAUUCGCGUUUGAAUGAGCCUCCGCGCCGACGACGCUUCAGCAGUUACCCCAUGCAUCUGUUGGAGCCCACGAUCAAUGUGUUGAAGAGUAUUGGGGAAGAGCGACGGGUCCCUGUCCCUGCGAUUGCGCUGAACUACUCGAUCAACAAAGGUGUGUUGCCUUUGGUGGGUGUGCGCGAUGCCGAACAGGCCGAGCAAGACAUGCAGGCGCUUGGGUGGCGGCUGUCGGAGGAUGAGAUGAGACGAAUUGAGGAAGUUAGCUUCGAGGGAGAGAAGUCGUUCAUGCAACAUGGAUAG